AUGGCACAAUUUUGUUUUGAUGCUGAAAAUCCUUUAAAUUGUCCGAUCUGUCUGAAUCUGCUUACGGACCCAGUGACUACAUCUUGUGGCCACAGUUACUGUAUGGACUGCAUUGAGAGAUCCUGGGAUCAGGAGGUUUAUAAAGGAGUUUACAGCUGCCCCAAAUGCAGGACAAAAUUCAACCAAAGACCAACUCUCAGCAGAAGCACAGUGCUUGCUGAAAUUGUAGAUGGAAUGAACCAGGAGGAUCCAGCUGGCCCUGAAGAUGUGCGGUGCGAUGUUUGCAAAGGAAGAAAACUAAAAGCCAUCAAGUCUUGUCUGGUGUGUUUGGCUUCUUACUGCCAAUCUCACAUUCAACCUCAUUAUGAGUCUGAAGCUUUUAGAAAGCACAAGCUGGUAAACGCUUCCUCAAAUCUACAGCAUCAGAUCUGCCCUCAACAUCAUAAAGCACUGGAGAUUUUCUGUCAGGAUGACCAGAAGUGUAUCUGUGUAGUUUGUUUGGGGGAUCAGCACAGUGGACAUAAAACAGUCUCAGCUGCAGAUGAAAUGGAUAAAAAACAGGAGGAGCUGAAAAUAAAACAGAAGGAUUUCAUGCAGAAGACUAAGGACAGAGAAAAGAGGGUUCAAACGUUGAAGGAAGCUGUAGAGUCUCAUAAGGUAAGUGCACAGGCAGCGGUGCAGCAGAGUGAGAGGGUCUUUGAUGAGCUCAUCAGCUCCAUUCAGAAAAGACAAGCUGAGAUGAGAGAGAAGAUCAGUGCUCAAGAGAAGGAAGUACAAGAAGUUGAGAAUCAUAUACAGACACUGGAGCACGAGAUCAGAAAUCUGCAGAAGGAUAAAGAUACAUUGGAGCCACUUUUGCACACAGAGGAUCACAUUACUUUCUUCCAGAAUUACCCUUCCUGUUCGGAAUUACAUUCAUAUACAAUCUUACCAAGGGAUUUUAAUAAGCUACUGACAACUGAGAAUGUAAACAAGUCUCUCUCAGAAUUGAAAGGCCAACUGGAUCAAAUAUGUGAAGAGCACAUGGGCAGUAAAUCAAAGAAAGUUGGUGAUUUUUUGAGGUUAAAAAGAGUUCCCGUUCCGAGUAGAAUAGCAAACCGCAGGGAAAUUGAGGGCCAUCAAUUAGAUAUAAGAACUCGGUCAUCGGAGCGCCAUCAAUUAGAUAUAAGAACUCGGUCAUCGGAGCGCCAUCAAUCGGAGACAAGAACUCGGUCUUUGGAGCGCCAUCAAUCGGAUAUAAGAACUCCGACAUUGGAUUUCUGUAAAACAGGGAAAGCAGUAUGGCCCAGGACGUAUCGCAAUGAUCGGACGUACGAUGGUUACAGGUACAUGUCUGAUGAUGAUGAUGAUCUCUAUGGAUAGAUGGAGAUGUUUCCACUUAUCUCCUGAUGACACUUAAAAGCAUGUGGAACUCAUCAUUCCUUCAUAGAGUACAGUGAAAGGUCAGAGUAUUACAGCACAAAAAAAUUGGAGAUGAUGUGCAUCUAAAGGACCUUGUUAUAGUGUUUAGUUUAUUAGUUUAGUUUAUUAGGCUAUUGUUGAUUUUUGCUUCCCUGUACAUAUAUGGUUUUAACAAACUAUUAUUCAUGGGGGUUUGUAUAUAUUAUUAUGGGGUUUGUGAAACCAAACCAGUGGGCCAUGUACCUUUGAAAUUUUUCUGUCAUUCAGUAACAUAGUACAUU